AUGUCACAAUCUAACCCGACACUCCUAACUCUUCAGAACCACCCUCCACCAAACCCUGCACCCCCUGCAACAGACCCCUCUAUCUACCAAGUCCACCAUGACGCUUUCGCAGCGGAGGGCCAGCCAACCACAACAGCUGGAUGGCUAGAGCGAGCGCGCAAAGUGUCUAACAUUCUUGCUCCAGAUGCCUCGGCCAGAAGUAAAGACCAAAAGACACCCAGAGCUGAGAUCUCUUUGCUGAAGAGCUCCGGUCUAACCAAGGUACUGGGUGAUGUCAAGUAUGGUGGUGGUGGACAGACCUGGGAGACAGGAUACAAGGUCAUUCGCGAGGUCGCUGCAGGAGAUGGCUUUUUAGAUCAAUUGGUAUGCUCUUGGGAUACCAUCUGCUUUGGUCAGUUACUGCACAUAUUGUGGAACUUCAACACGGGAGGAGUAGUCUCCGAUCUCACCGUCCUGGAAGAGUCUGGCUCGGUCAAGAUUGAAAAUGUUCCCAUCACUUGGGAUGACGCUCUGGGAUGGUCAAAGGAAACAAAAGCGCCCAUUCCCGAAGUUCUCCAAGUCCCCUUUACUGCUCUUCUGUUGCCUACUAUCCAGCUGGUGUUCUCUAAUUUCUAUAUCGGGAUCGCGCAAGGUGCUCUCCGCACGGCGAGGCACUACACCCUUACUCAAACUCGUGCAUGGCCAUUUGCCCAUGACCCCAAGCAAAGCCCAACGGAUGAGCACUACGUUCUGGCCCGAUACGGGAAGUUCUUUGCCUCCUUGCGUGCUGCGGAUGCCCUAGCUGAUCGUGCAGGUAAGGAGAUUGCCGAUGCUUUCAAUGAGCAUGGGUCGAAGAGGGAUUUGCCCGCGCGUAAACGUGGUGAGGUGGCUGAGUGGGUUGCUAGUGUGAAGGUUGUAGCGACUCAUACCUCUCUAGAGGUUACUAGCGGCGUGUUCGAAGUUACCGGGGCGAGGUCAACCGCAGAGAAGUAUGGGUUUGAUCGCUUUUGGAAGGACGUGCGGACUCAUACAUUGCAUGAUCCUGUGGCUUACAAGGAGUCUGAGCUGGGACGGUUUUGGCUGUUGGAUGAAGUCCCGACUCCUACGUGGUAUACUUAG